AUGGCCACUGUCAACCCACGGCGGGCGCUAGUCUACAAGAUCCAGAAGAGACUUUGUGAUUUGAGUGUGAGUCAGCUGCUGCAAGUUGCAGAUUCGAUUAAUGAUGGCAGCAUGACUGAUCGCGUUGAUGAGCCGAGUGAACCAGAACUGUUUGAUCUGAUUGUUGACUACAUCAAGAGUGAGAAGUUGGGAGCCCUGGAGGAUGGAGGUAUGGCCCAGCUCCUCCACCUUGACGAUAUGUUGAGUGACCUGGUGGCCAUGCAAAGUGAAGCGGUUCGGGUUGCCCAGACGGCGCCUCCUGAGAAUGAAGGUUCAACAACCAUUCAACAGGGGUGCUCCAUUCCACCCCAUCGUGAACCCAGCCAGCCAACCACACCUCCAGCUACCCCUACUACAGACAUACCCAGACAUUCAUUGCACAUGGACAGAGACAUUCAUUCACUGCCACCCUCACCACGGAACAGAGACGCACACACUAACCCCUCUACAGAGAACAGAGAUCUCCACACAUUUCCAUCACCUGCCGGAAGAGGCAAUGUUAUGUUAGCAAGAGACCUUACCACUCCAGCAUUAGCCAAGUCACCCACAACAGGUUUUGGUGGUGCUCCUCCUGGUAGGGUGAGUCUAUCUUCCAGCAUGGGAGAUCAGGUUAGUGAUGACUUCCUGUUAGACCAGAUCACUAAGUCUACGAGCGAGGAAGCUGAAAGACUUAAACGACUUGGCACAGUAAGCAAAACCCGACCAGUGACAGUGAGCACAGCUCAGCUUGACUGUAGUGACUCAGCUAAGCAAGAUAAAGUUGACACUCAGCUACAGGCUAACCGUGCUGCUAUUCAAGAACUGACUGCACAAGUGUCCUCACUGACCAAACAUCUGGCACAGAUGGAAACUAUCGGGAAACGGAAUGAGGUCACUGGUGAGGGGCAACCAGUGACCGUGACAGCUGAGGAGCCACCAGCACAAGCCAGCCAACCUAAAGCAUCCCAUCAGUCUAAGGCAGUCAGCCCUGUAAAAGCAAACACACCAUGUCAACCACCACCAAGAAAGCGAAUAGCACAGCUCAUAGGAAAGCGUUGUAUGGUGUCCUGUGCUAUCAACAAAGUUCCUCUUCAAAUGUUGCUCGAUUCAGGGGCUCAAGUGACUAUGGUAGAGAGAGCAUGGAUGGAAAAAGCACUCCCCAACAUCCAGAUCCAGCCACUCGAAACCCUCCUCCUUGACCAGCCUUUGGACAUUGCUGCAGCUAAUGGCACAGAUGUUCCCUUCGACGGAUGGGCAGAUGUGGAACUCCAGGUCUGUAGUGAGAACCAUGGAUGUGUCACCAUCCAAGUGCCACUAUUAGUCAGCCAAGACAGUCUUAAUUGUCCCCUUUUAGGUAGCAAUGUCAUAGGUGAGAUCAUUAAAGCAAACCAAGAACAGAGAGGUGAAGUUGAUAUUUCUGCUUUAUUAAAAGAGGCUUUAAGUAUCAGUAACAGUGCAGUGGAAGCGCUAGUUUCUGCUCUCCAGAUUUUGACCCCUGAUGAAACCACCUUUGAGAGUAGUGUGAGAACAGGCAAGAGAGGUGUAACUAUUCCUGCAGGGCAGAUUUGUGAGGUGAAGUGCAGAGUCAGGGAAUGGCCAAGGGGUGGGACAAUGCUUUUUCAACCUGAUCUAGCGAGUACCUGUCCUGAGGGAUUAGAGCUGUUUCCAGCUUUAGUAGAUGUUCCAAGUGGGUCUUCUAAAGUUGUUAAAAUCCCCAUUCAAAACCCAACAAAACAUGAUAUCUAUCUCACAAAGAGAACAGUGUUAGGCACAUUGGAGGAAGUUACUGAGGUGAGACCAGUUAAUUUGUCCACAGGUAACUCUGAGCCAGUUUUCCCUCCCACUGUAAACACAUGUUCAGUUCAGCCAAACACAGAUAGGCAAAAACAGUCAAAUGAUAGACACAAGACAGCAGACAUGACAAAACAGAGAUGGCACCCACCUGUUGAUGUGUCCCACCUGGAAGAGAGUGAGCAAAAGAUAGUCAGAGAUAUGUUGUACGCAGAGUCAGAUGUUUUUGCCAAGGACGAUUCUGACAUUGGUUGCAUCCCAAGCCUGAAACUGAAAAUCCACCUAAAGGAUGAAACACCAGUCCAGACAUCAUACAACUCAGUUCCCAAACCCUUGUACAAAGAGGUUAAGGAAUAUGUCCAGAACCUGCUCGACCACGGCUGGAUCAUGAAGUCUGCCUCUCCCUACUCGUCACCAGUGGUCUGCGUCAGAAAAAAAGACAAGAGCUUACGUUUGUGUGUUGACUUUCGGGGCUUGAACCUCAAAACCAUCCCCGAUCGCCACCCUCUUCCACGCAUCCAAGAUUUGCUGGACAACCUCGGGGGCUACUCGUGGUUCUCGAUACUCGACCAGGGCAGUGCUUACCACCAGGGCUUCGUCGACGAGAGCUCUAGACACCUGACAGCCUUUAGUACGCCCUGGGGUCUGUACGAGUGGAUCCGCCUCCCAUUUGGCCUUACCAACGCCCCAGCCGCUUUUCAAAGGUGCAUGGAGGGAGUCCUUGAUGGUUUAAGGGACGAGUGCUGCUCUCCAUACUUGGAUGACGUGCUCUGCUUUUCCAAGACCUUUCAUGACCACGUUGACGACCUGAGGAAGGUGCUCCACCGGCUGCGGGAGCAUGGUGUUAAACUACGUCCAAAAAAAUGUGAACUAUUCAAAAGGCAGGUCAGGUAUGUAGGGCGUCUAGUGACCAGUGAAGGUGUCCGGAUAGACCCUAAAGAUCUUGAAGCAGUCUACCAUCUGAAGGAUAGGGAGCCAAAGAAUGUUGGUGAGGUCAGAGCUCUCCUUGGGUUUUUAGGCUAUUAUAGAACCUUCAUACAGGACUUUUCAAGGAUAGCCAGGCCCCUGUUUAAGCUCAUAGAAAGUCCAAGUGAGUUUAGGCAGGGAGUCACCUCAGCUAGAACAAGAAAGACUAAGCCCAGCAAUGGCCAGCUCCCAUCCAAGGCACCUGUCCAGUGGACACCAGAACACAGUGCAGUGGUGUCGCGCCUUGUUGACAUGCUAACCAGUCCACCCAUCUUGGCCUACCCAGAUUUUGAGUCGCCCUUCGUCCUUCACACUGACGCAUCAAAUGAGGGUCUGGGUGCAGUGCUCUAUCAGCAGCAGGGAAACAAACUCCGUGUCAUUGCUUCUGGCUCCAGAUCACUCACACCUGCCGAGAAGAAUUAUCAUCUCCAUUCUGGCAAGCUGGAGUUCCUUGCACUGAAGUGGGCGAUCUGCGACAAAUUUAGAGAUUACCUCUAUUAUGCACCCACCUUCACUGUGUACACAGAUAAUAAUCCCCUCACUUAUGUUCUGAGCACAGCCAAGUUGAAUGCAGUCGGGCAUCGCUGGGUGGGCGAGCUAGCCGAUUUCCAUUUCACCAUCAGAUAUCGGCCAGGAAAGUCAAACACAGACGCUGACACCCUCUCACGAUAUCCAGUCCAACUCCAUGAACACCUGAAAGAGUACACUGAAAUAAUGCCCCCAGAUGUUAUUUCUGCCAUCUGGCAGGGGGACAGAGCAAUGAGAGACAGUGAUGUGCCAUGGGUGGCUGCGUUGCAGAUGCGCCCUGGUGCCGAUGAAACCCCUCAUGAAGGCAUUCCAGUUAUCACCCCAGAAAGUGUAAGGGCAGCUCAAAGGGGAGAUGUUCCUAUCUGUGAGGUGAUAAACCUAAAAAAAAGAGGGUGGAAUCCUAAUGACAAAGACAAGAGGCAAAUGGGACGAGAGACACGCAGACUAAUACACGAAUGGAACAGACUCACGCUUGACAAGGGAAUAUUGUACAGGCAGGCAGGACAAAGGAAACAGUUGGUACUCCCCAGUAAGCUUAAGUCGACUGUGCUGAAACACCUGCAUGAUGAUAUGGGGCAUGUCGGCGCAGACAAAGUCAUUCAUUUAGCGAGAGAAAGAUUUUAUUGGCCCUUCAUGCAACGCGAAAUUGAAGACUACGUCAUUCGCCAGUGUCAGUGUCUUAAGCAGAAGCAGCCUUGUAUCCCAGAGAGAGCACCAAUGGGCUCAAUAACAACAAGCGCCCCUUUCGAGCUCAUCUCUGUUGACUACCUCCAUCUUGAACCAAGUAAAGGUGGCUAUGAGUACAUUUUAGUCCUAGUAGACCACUUUACUCGUUUUGCACAAGCAUACCCAACCAAAAACAAGUCAGGCAGAACAGCAGCCGAAAAGAUCUUCUCAGACUUUAUUCCACGCUUUGGGUACCCUGAAAAGCUACAUCAUGACCAGGGCCGUGAGUUUGAGAACAGCCUUUUCCAGAGACUCCAACAACUGUCCGGAAUUGCCCACUCUCGAACCACCCCCUAUCACCCACAGGGGAAUCCCGUUGAGCGUCUGAACAGAACCCUCCUACAGAUGCUGCGUACUUUGCACGAGGAAAAGAAAACUGAGUGGAAGGACCAUCUACCCCACAUAGUCCAUGCGUACAACUGUACGAGGCAUGAGAGUACAGGCUACUCGCCAUUCUUUCUCCUGUAUGGCAGAGCACCACGUUUGCCUGUUGAUUUGCUUUUCGACUUGAAAUCUGAACAAACACCUCAGACCAGACAAGAGUAUGCACAGAAAUGGGCUUCUCGCAUGCAGGAGGCAUACAAAAUUGCCUCUGAUAACAGUGAAAAAAGCUCAGCUAAGGGGAAGAAACAGUACGACCAGCGUGUUAAAGGCAUUGUGCUGCAGCCUGGAGAUCGGGUGCUUGUCAGAAAUCUGUCAGAGAGGGGUGGUCCAGGCAAACUUCGCUCAUACUGGGAAAAGAGGAUUCAUCGUGUUGUUGAAAAGCUAGGAGAUGGACCUGUGUACAGAGUUCAGCCAGAAACUGGAGACCGAACUCUCCGUGUCCUGCAUCGAAACCUUCUGCUACUUGUUAACGAUUUGCCCUUGGACCCAGACCAACAGACUCAGUGCACACCCAGAAAAAGACAAAAACGAGGAGAGACACACACAAAUAACAGAGAAACAGUAGAACAAGAGUCAGAACAUUCUGAGGAAGAGGAGGAAUACACAUACUGCCUAAGGACUAUACCUGUGUAUGAGAGGAGGAGAGUCAGACACCCAAUGCCUCAGUCUGAACCACACAGUCAACUCGGUGCUGUAGCUCCUGAGUUCCGGCCAGUUGAAAAAGUAACAGAGACAGUUCAGAACCAGCAGCGACAUGAACCUGACCCUGUUGCAGUCCCAGAUUCAGUGUCCCCACCAACACCGGCUGCUGCCCGACCGACACUGGCUGAGGAACUACAGGAGGAACAUGCAACGGAUGAGACUGGGGAGGAGGCAGGUUCAGAGGAGCAUCAGGACUAUAGUGAACAUGUCCCCGAGCCCUCAGGAGAGGAAGUGCCACCUGUGAGGAGGUCAACUCGAGCAAUGAAGCCUCGAGAAAUGCUCACAUAUGACCACCUUGGGCAGCCUUCAUAUCAGCCCUGGAGGGCAGGAGCAAACCUGAUGUUUGCUUGUGUCCCCUAUCCCAUGUCAUUUUAUCCAGCUGUUCCUGAACCUUGCUACUACCCUACCUCAGUAUGGACAUGUUAGACUUGUGAAAAUGUACUCCGUGACUUAAACAUACAUUCACCUGUACAAAUACAGCAGACUGUAUACUGACUAUUAGACUUUCUAAACUCUUGACAACUACACCUAACUUGUGUUAGUUUGGUUCUAGAUGUCCGGAGACAUCUCUUAAAGCAGGGGAGAGUGUAAUGGGUUGGAAAUGCCACAUGUUAAGUUUUGUAUGUAAACAGACACCCCUUAAUUUUUUGUUAAUUAUUUGAACUAAUCUAACUCUGUUUAUACAGUUUUGACAUCAGGUCAAUACUCAAAGAUGUCAGUAGGCAGCGCUCUAAUGCCACUGUGGAUACCUGAAGGAGGUCACUCGUAUCUGCUCUGCUCAUGCGCAGCUCAAUAUUAAAUGAGCAUCGGCUAGAGCAAGACGCUAACUUUGGCCCUCUCCCUUAUUAAUCCACAGGUAUGUUAAAACUUGCUUUUCUAUGAUUAGCUUUGUUUAAUAACUAAUGUAAAUGCAUUGGAAAUCGUUCUGUGAAGUUGUGACAUGGUUUAGAGAUGUAUUUAGAGCGUAUUUUUGUUGCUGUAUGUUUCGUGGGCGCCGACAUUGAUAAUAGUUACCUCCGUGAAUUUCGGUUUUCUACUAUUUUGUCAGUGAAAGUUACAGACCUUUGCAUGUGGUAACAUAUGAAAAUGUGUUUAAAAGAUUGUUUUAGGGUAUAAGCCAGUCAGUCGCGAGUUAAUGGUAAAUAGAGAUGCUAUAUUCAAACCAGUUUCACUUCCGGUCGCUCGUUAACAAGGCAGAGUCGCGCCAUUUUGUUAAGAGGUUAAGUGCAAGUGCAAAGGAGUGUUACGCUAAUGUUGCAGAAAGGUUCUGUGUACGUUAUAUCAGUGUAGGAUGAGUGUAACUGUGGUGUAUGUGUUAAAAUAGGAGUGAUUGUAGUAAUGUCAGUAAAGUAAAUGUGUGUUUUGGGUAAUAUAAUUUUUGUGCUGUAUAUUAUAUUUUAUAC